CAUUGCAAGUACACAUAAAGGUAAGAAUAUCACGAGUCCACGGAAACAAACACACAGUUUGUGGAUCAAGAAGAUGGUUUUGGGAGAUAGUUUUGUAGUCUGGACCAUUGGUUUCAGCUGCUUGUUGGCGUUUGCAUUCGGCGCUACUGGGACUACUCUUGUGCCAGAUGAAGUAAAUGCAUUGGGUCAAAUAGCGAGGAGGUUGGGGAAGACAAACUGGGAUUUCAGUGUCGAUCCAUGUAGCGGCCAAUCUGGAUGGAAAACACUCCAUCCAUUAAAGGGAUCUGAAAAUGCUGUCACUUGCAAUUGCUCCUCUGACAACACUGUUUGCCAUGUUACAAGCAUACUUCUCAAAUCUCAGGGUCUGCCAGGAGUUCUCCCGCCAGAGUUGGUUAAACUUCCAUACCUCAGAGAAAUUGAUUUCACCCGCAACUACCUUAACGGUACAAUCCCGCCAGAAUGGGGUUCUACGAAAUUGGAGAUCAUCUCCCUUCAAGCGAAUCGUUUGUCGGGUUCAAUACCCAAAGAACUUGGAAACAUCACCACUCUCCAACAGCUGGUCCUCGAUCACAAUUACUUCUCUGGAGUUCUUCCUCCAGAGCUUGGGAAUCUCGUCAACUUGCAGAGACUUCUACUUUCCUCAAAUAACUUGACGGGGCAGUUGCCGGAUAGACUUUCUAACCUGGUCAGCUUGAAGGACUUUCGAGUAAGUGAUAACAAAUUUAGUGGAAAAAUACCAAGCACUAUAGGAAACUGGAUGAAACUCAAGAAAUUAGAAAUGCAGGCUAGUGGUUUUGAAGGUCCCAUUCCUUCUGAGAUUUCUAUUUUGGAGAACUUAACUGAUAUAAGGAUCAGUGAUAUAAAUGGCCCAGACACAUCUUUUCCAUCGCUGGGCAAGAUGAACUUGACAACAUUGAUGCUGAAAAGUUGCAACAUAAUUGGAGAAUUACCCCCAUAUCUUGCGAAGAUGAGACAAUUAACAACCUUGGACCUCAGUUUCAACAAGCUAUCAGGACAAAUAAAUAGCAGCUUUGACAGCCUCUCAACAGUGUAUUAUGUGAUUUUAGCUGCAAACAUGCUCAGUGGUCCUGUGCCUUUACCAAUGCUGGAAACUGGAAGAAACAUUGAUCUUUCCUACAACAACUUUACAAUAGGAAGCUCAGGGGUUCCAGACUGUCAAGAUCAGAAUGUAAACUUAUUCAGAAGUUCUUUUCGAAAUAGCUCGUAA